AUGUCUAGUACUCAAGUUGGAAAUGCUCUAUCUAGCUCCACUACUACCCUAGUGGAUUUGUCUAAUUCUGCGCUUAUCCAAAGGAAACAAUAUUCCAAAAAUGAAAAGGCGCUCAACGACCUUUUGCUUGGAUUAAAGAAUAACCGUGACUUGGAACUCUUACCGCAUGAGCAAGCACAUCCUGAAAUUUUUCAAGCAUUGAAGGCUCGUAUUGGCAAGAUUAAUAAUGAAACGUGCGAUCCCGGUGAGGAGAACUCGUUUUUUAUAUGCGAUUUAGGGGAAGUCAAGAGAUUGUUCGAAAACUGGGUGAAAGAGCUUCCUAGAAUUAAGCCAUUUUAUGCCGUUAAAUGUAAUCCAAACACCAAGGUUCUAUCCCUGUUAGCAGAUUUGGGCGUUAAUUUUGACUGUGCUUCCAAAGUAGAGAUUGACAGAGUAUUGUCGAUGAAUAUCUCUCCGGACAGAAUCGUCUACGCUAAUCCUUGUAAGGUAGCAUCUUUUAUUAGAUACGCAGCUUCAAAAAAUGUGAUGAAGUCUACUUUCGAUAACGUGGAAGAAUUGCAUAAAAUCAAAAAGUUUCAUCCUAAGUCUCAAUUAUUAUUAAGAAUCGCUACCGAUGAUUCUACUGCCCAAUGCCGGCUUUCAACCAAAUACGGUUGUGAAAUGGAUAAGAUAGACAUUUUAUUAAAGGCUAUAAAGGAAUUGAAUUUGAACCUAGUUGGUGUUUCUUUCCACGUGGGUUCAGGUGCUUCUGAUUUUACAAGCUUAUAUAAGGCUGUUAGAGACGCGAGAAAAGUAUUUGAUAAAGCUGCUAACGAAUACAACUUGCCACCCUUAAAGAUUUUAGAUAUAGGUGGUGGAUUUCAAUUUGAAUCCUUCAAGGAAUCAACUGCUGUUCUGCGUCUAGCCUUAGAGGAAUUUUUCCCUGUAAAUUGCGGUGUCGAUAUAAUUGCAGAGCCUGGUAGGUACUUUGUAGCUACAGCGUUCACUUUAGCAUCUCACGUAAUUGCCAAGAGAAAGUUGUCUGAGAAUGAAGCAAUGAUUUAUACCAAUGAUGGUGUUUACGGAAACAUGAAUUGUAUUUUAUUCGAUCAUCAAGAACCUCAUCCAAGAACCCUUUAUCAUGAUUUGGAAUUUCAUUACAAUGAUUUUGAAUCCACUACUGCUGCCCUCGACUCUAUCAAUAAAACAAGGGCUGAGUAUCCAUACAAAGUUUCUAUUUGGGGCCCUACGUGUGAUGGUUUGGAUUGUAUUGCUAAAAAGUACUAUAUGAAGCAUGAUGUUGUAGUUGGUGAUUGGUUUUAUUUUCCCGGCUUGGGCGCCUACACCUCAUCAGCGGCUACUCAGUUCAACGGCUUCGAGCAGACUGCGGAUAUAGUAUACAUAGACUCAGAAAUUGAUUAA